GUGUCAGAGAAAACAGUGGCGCGUAGAUUUGCCAGCUACUUGUGUCGUAAUCACUUUUCACAAUGAGGCAAGAUCAGCUUUGCUUCGGACAGUUGUCAGUGUUCUCAAAAAAAGUCCACCACAUCUCAUCAAAGAAAUCAUAUUGGUGGACGACUAUAGCAAUGACCCUGAAGAUGGUGCUCUUCUGAGUAAAAUUGAGAAAGUGCGAGUUCUGCGAAAUGAUCGCCGGGAAGGUGAGAAUUUCACUAGGAAUGGAAAGAACAUGAAGAUGCUAACCCUUGACAGAAUUAUAUUUUAUAACAAUAGAAGCAAUUUGCUUCUGUUUCAAGUAUUAUAUGUUGUUACAUCAGUUGUAGGAGAAAUUAAGUGUAAUGAAUUGAACAAUCAAGGCAGCUAGUUAGCUCUUUAUUUAUGUUUCCUGACUCAUUCUCUUUUUUAUUUAUUAAUGCUUAUUCUCAUAAAAACAAGAAAAAUAUUGUGCAUCUAACAAUGCAUAGAAUAACACAAAUCAUAAAUGAGAGCUGUUUAGUCUGCUGUUUAUCAUUUCUGCAUUUUGACUCAUUUUCUAAAGAGACAUUUUAUGGUAUUGAA